UCAAAGUCGUCAUGUUCUGCUAUUAAAACGCAGAACAAGAACGAGGAUAGUGUUUUUUUGUAUACUUAAUAUUUUGAUGCAUGAACUUGUUCUAAAGGACUAAAGAUAUGUAAAAAUGGUGGAUUGGGUUGUUGAAGCAAACUAGGGGCAGGAGUCACCAAGGUUCAGGUUUUUGUUCACCAGCCUGAAGCUUCAAUCCAGUCUGGACUUCUGACUCAGCACACUUGGCUGAUGGCCACUCCUGCCCUGGUGUGAGGGACCGGACGCCACCACUUAUUCUGCGCAUUUAUGGACUUCCUGUCAGUAGUAAGCCAGCUGAGGAGUGCCUGAAUCGUCUGAUCUCCAAAGAGAUGAGACAAAGCCCUGGUUGAUGUUUUCUUUCCAGGUGAAAUUAUGACCCCGCUGGUAAAGUGAGGUGCGCGCCAAGAAGAGUCUCGCUAAAGAGCUGUGGUGACCAUUCUGCAGAAGAAACGCGAAGAAAAAAAAGAUGUCUUGUCUGUCGUUUACCCCUGCACUCUACCUUGAUGCCCACUCCGUCUUUGUCGUCGGACUGCUGCUGCUCGUCCACCGGGGGCCCUCUGAGGUCAGCUGCCAAAAUGACACAGAGCCGAUCGUGUUGGAGGGAAAGUGUCUGGUGGUGUGCGACUCCACCCCGUCGGCGGAGCCGUCAGGUAAUGCCCUGGGCAUGUCAGUGAGGUCAGGAACUGGACGGGUGGCAUUUUCAGCCAUUCGUAACACCAACCACGAACCCUCAGAGAUGAGCAACCGAACCAUGACCAUCUACUUUGACCAGAUCAUAGUGAACGUUGGCAGCCAUUUCGAUCCAGCAACAAGCAUCUUUGUGGCACCCAGAAAAGGAGUCUACAGUUUCAGCUUUCAUGUUGUCAAAGUUUACAACCGGCAGACGAUACAAGUGAGUUUGGUUCUCAAUGGCUGGCCUGUGAUCUCAGCCUUCGCAGGUGACCAGGAUGUGACCAGGGAAGCUGCCACCAAUGCGGGUCUGGUGAUUAUGGAGAGGGGGGACAAGGCUUACCUCAAACUGGAGCGGGGGAACCUAAUGGGAGGGUGGAAGUACUCCACCUUCUCUGGGUUUCUGGUGUUCCCGUUGUAGGGUUGACUGAGGUAGGAUUAUGAGAGUUGAUGUUCCGACCAUAGUCACAGGUGUGGAGGGGUGGGCGGGUGUAACAUAAAGAGUUCUUUGUUACUUUCACAGCCAUCGACACAAAGGAAGAGGAAUUAACUGAUACAUUGAACUGCACUGAUGCAUCUUGAUGUGUAUCGAUGAAUUGGUGAAUUCACUUUGCACCAAAUAAUCUUGGAUGUAUUUUCCAUUUUCAUCACAUUUUUAUGGCUUAUUGUGUGUUUUUCUGUCAUUAGUCUGUGGUUGCUUGCAGUUUUCCUUUUAAUGCAUGAAAUAAGAAAUGGCCAAUAAAGAAAAUAACUGUG